AUGGAUUGCAGUCGCACGAAGACGCUGUCGAGGUCUAUCUCAACUUCAGACAACAACUCGGAAUAUCAGACUGAUGCGACAAGUACCGAGAGCGACGCUGGAAACGAGUCCCAGUCACAGCCAGGUGUGCUCAGCAAUGAUGGGAUGUCUGAGGAUGAAUCUGUCCGUCCGCCAGAGUUUUAUCGAGAGCAUGCAAGCCGGGUCAACAACACAGAGAUCCCCCAAUUCUAUGCGGACAGCACAAUCCGGCAACUGAAUAGUGUUGAGUUGCAAUGGCGGCGAUUUUGUAAAGUUAUUCGAAAGCACCCGGUAAAGUUGAUGGAGUCAAUCUCACGUGGUGAUAUUUCAAGCUUUUUCGCGUGGAAGCUAGAUCAAACGCGCGGAACAGAUAAACGAAGACUCCGUGGAACCAAAAGUGCGUCUUCUCUUGAUACGUACCGGAAGCUAUUCCUUAGAGUGUACAGAAAGUUGGUAGGGAAGGACAUGGAUAGUGAGAUGUCAAGAGGCACGCUUUCGGUGACAAAGAAGUUGAUCCAAGACUACGAUUUGAGCCACACACCGAGAGAGAAACCUCCCAUGGACGCACACGACGUGCUUGAGAUCAUACAAACAACACUCACGACUGUCGAGAAGAUGUUCCAGGUAGGAAGGUACCGCAUACAGACAUGCUUCUUCCUUCAAGGGGGGUUCAUCACCGCAAACCGACCAGACGCUCUCCUCAAGUUGCGCUAUCGAGAUAUUAAGGUCAGCAUAGAUCGAGAUCCAAACGGCGGUCCACACAACAUCGUGUUAGAAUGGACAUAUGAAUUCACCAAAUCCUUCCUAGGGCCCAAAGCAGCGAACACAUUUAUUAUCCCGGAAAUUAUCUUCGAUCCCUCUUUAAUCCUGAGUCCUCAUGUUUUCUUGCUUGGCUUGAUGUUUGCUGACAAAGUUUUCUCGAUCAGUGAGCUGACUCCGGAGAACCUAUUUACGCUUGACAUUCCACCCGGGUGCUACUCACUCGAGGUGCCUAUCAGAGAAGAAGUAGCUGACCUCUGCGUCUUUCGUCGAUACAAGCAAACAGCAACAGAACGCACAAUAAGUAGCGAACGACUGCCGUACCAUACUCUCAAAAAGCACAUGCAGGAUGUCGGUGAAAUCACAGGGUUCAAAGACGUGGCGAGACCGUACUGUCUCCGAUAUGGAUCAGCCAAUGCUUUCGAUAAGGACGGCAACACUAGCGUCGACUUGCGAAAUAUGAUCAUGAAGCACGCCAAUACAGAUGUGUUUCUGAAUCAUUACCUAUCCACACGAAUUACCACAGAUGCACAAGCCGUUGUACGAGGCUUAGCGCCUCAAAAAGAGCUUAUACAGGCGGCAUGCAGAAUGAGCCGAAAGAUCGACCCGAGGCGACCUCGUUUUCUUACGGAGGACCAAAAACGGUCUGUUCUAGAACACCCGCGAAUCAAACAACUGCUUCUACAGCAGAAAAGAUUGAUGAAGCAUUCACCAGACUACAAGGAGGUCCAGAAGAAGAUCCGUAACGAAAAGCAGCACUUGAUGUACGAUCUCAGGAAAAAAAUCAGGAACGGAUACGACAAAGCGCAAGCAGAGAAAGACAUACAGCUACAACUCUCUGGUGGAAUGUUCGAGGAAAAGAUCAAGACCGAUUUAAGGCGGUCUUCUCAACACACGGAGAAACAUAUGAAGUUGAUUGAGGCAAUGUUGUCGUUGCCUGGGCCAUCUCGUCCGGAAGAGAAUGAAAGACGAAGCGAGAUGUGUAAUCUAUGUAAGUUGCACUUGGAAAAUGAAGAGCACAUGAAGCGCCAUGCUUUCGAUAAGCAUGGCACUGUUGUAAGGAUCUAG